CUUUCUUUUCAGUGUGAACUCGCGAAAAGUGAACAUUUCCACGUAUCCUCAAGAUUAGAUUUUUCACUUUUCACGAGUUCACGUUGGGGGAGAGAAUUUAUGAUCGACCUCCUGAAGUUCGCGUUGUUUACAAAACUCUCGUUCGAGAGCACGAGUCAAAGAUGGCGGCUCAAGUGGAGCCUCAGCGCGUCAGGUAGCGGGUCGGCCACGCAUGACUAAUAAAUAGACAGCAAUAAGAUGUGUGCACAGCAUGUCGUGUAUCCUUAGAACUCGUCCGUGCGAGAGCGAUUCGUUCGGCAUGACGAGCCGCGGUCAAUUCUGAUCCGGGUCUGUUCGCUCGACCGGCUACCGGCAGCCGAAAAGUGAGAUGCCAUAACCGAGAGAUCGCGUGGAACACGGUGACUCACUCACUCAUCGUCCUCGGUGACACUCGCUCUCCAGACGAUCCGCGGUGAGGCAACGAUGCUGCUCUUGUGAGAACGACUGAAAUCUGAAAAAAAGUCACGGAACACUUGCCAACAUGAACGUGCAGGAACUUCGCGACGAGCCUCCUUUAUUACAAGCAAUAUUCCUUGGUGAUAUGGAGGAGGUUUUUGCGUUGCUACUGGAACAAGAGGAUAUCAAUUGGCAAGACAAAGAACAACGUUCCCUUUUACAUGCAGCAGCGUAUAGGGGAAACACUGCUAUCGUAGAGACUCUCCUGUUAAACGGUGCAGCAGUCAAUAGUAAAGAUAAGAAGUGGCUAACCCCACUGCACAGAGCCUGUUGCUCAGGCAAUUAUAAUGUAGUAGAUAUUUUAUUGAAAUACAAAGCAGAUGUGAAUGUUCGAGAUCGCAGUUGGCAAACACCUCUUCAUGUAGCAGCAGCGAACAAUGCCGUGCAAUGUGUAGAGCUCAUACUGCCACAUGUAUUAAAUCUCAAUCUUACAGACAGAGGUGGAAGAACGUGUCUUCAUCACGCCGUGUACAACGGACAUCUCGAGAUGACCGAGUACUUGGCUCAGCUCGGUUGUGUGAUAAAUGCUUCUGACAAGAAGGAUCGCAGGCCUCUCCACUUUGCGGCGUAUAGGGGCCACGAUGAGAUAAUAAAGGUGUUGAUAGCCAAAGGCGCCGACGUGGACGUGAAAGAUCGAGAUUUGUAUACUCCGUUGCACGCAGCGGCCGCUUCUGGUAACGUAGAGUGUAUGCACACUUUGAUCAAGGCUGGUGCAGAUAUCGAAGCCAAGAACGUAUAUGGAAACACCGCGUUGCAUAUUGCGUGUUUGAACGGAUAUGCUCACGCGGUCACGGAACUGAUUGCCAAUGAUGUUAAUUUAGAGGCCGUCAAUUAUCGCGGGCAGACCGCGCUGCACGUGGCUGCUGCUAGUACACACGGUGUUCAUUGUCUGGAGGUGCUGGUGCAAGCUGGACUGAAGAUAAACGUACAGUCGGAGGACGGCCGUACGCCGUUGCACAUGACUGCGAUUCACGGCAGAUUCACGAGGUCGAAGACGCUGCUUGACGCCGGCGCUUUUCCAGACACGAGGGACAAGAAUGGAAAUUCAGCUUUACAUGUCGCCGCCUGGUUUGGUUAUGAGUGUUUGACUACGACUCUACUGGAGUGCGGCGCAUCUCCGGCGGCGCGCAACGCGCAACAACGGACGGCUCUCCACCUGAGCUGCUUGGCGGGACACAUAGAGGUUUGUAGAAAAUUACUACAAGUCGACAGACGAAUCGAUACGCGAGACAUAGGCGGUAGGACGGCCUUGCAUUUGGCAGCGUUCAAGGGUUCCGUGGACUGUUUGGAUCUGCUGUUAUCCAGCGGUGCCAACUUCCGCCUCGCCGACAACGACAACCGGUUAGCUUUGCAUCACGCCGCGAACCAAGGACAUUAUCCUUGCGUCUUCACCUUGGUGGGAUUUGGUAGUGAUUCGAACGCCCAGGAUGUGAACGGAGCCACGCCGUUGCAUCUGGCCGCAGCGGCGUCCAAUCCUUCUGAUUCUUGUGCUCAGUGUGUGCAGUACCUAUUGCAGCACCGGGCAGACCCGCGUUUAUGCGAUAAACGCGGUUUUACUGCGAUUCACUACGCCGUAGCGGGCGGCAAUCAACCGGCGCUGGAGGCACUUUUACACGCUUCGUCGACUACGUCGUCGACAUCGUCGACAUCGUCGUCAUCGUCGUCAUCGUCGGCACCUGUACAAUCAGGCAAUUUACCCACCGCGCAUGGCUCCUUUCCGUUCGAGCAGGAAGCGCCAUCACCGGCGCUCACUCCAGUACAUCUCGCAGCGUAUCACGGUCAUAGCGAAAUCUUGAAGUUGCUACUUCCGUUGUUCCCUAAUAUAAACAUCAAGGAGGAUAGCGGAAAAACUCCGUUGGAUUUGGCUUCCUACAAAGGACACAAGCAAUGCAUCGAGCUCCUACUGCGAUUUAGCGCUUUGGUGUCGGUUCAAGACUCCGUUACGAAACGCACUCCAGUGCAUUGCGCGGCUGCGGCUGGUCACUCCGACUGUCUGGCUCUGCUCCUGGAGAACACGGACGAUCCUCGAGUGGUGAAUCGUUAUGACGCUAAGCAACGUACAGCCCUCACGUUGGCGGUGGCGAACAGCAAUCCGGAGUGCGCGAUUUUGCUGCUGAAGCACAAGGCCGAUUGCAAUCUACCGGACAUCAACAAGCACACACCGCUGUUCCGAGCGGUGGUGAACGAGCGUGAUCAUCAGCUGGUGAAGUUGCUAUUGAAACACGGCGCGCGUGUAGCGGUGCAAGAUGCGAACGGUAAAACGCCAUUGCAUUUGGCGGCGGCAUGCGGAAGACUGAACGCUUUAGCGGCUUUGGUGAAAGCGGACCCGACGGCAGCUACCUUGAAAGACGAUCAGGGUUGUACUGUGCUUCAUUGGGCUUGCUACAACGGCAACUCGAAUUGCGUAGAAUACCUCUUGGAUCAGAACGUGUUCGACUCCUUGGAAGGCAAUCCGUUCUCCGCCGUUCACUGCGCCGUUUAUCAGGGCUCCGCGCACUGUUUGGACUUACUGAUUAACAAGUUCGGUGGGAAAACAGUGGCUGCGCCGAGGGACACCUUGGGCGGCCGAUUGCCGUUGCAUGUCGCGGCCAGCGCCGGCUCGGUUGAGUGCGCGCGAUUGAUCCUGAGCUCGGUCGGGCCGGAAUUAGCCGGACUGGAAACGCCGGAUUACUCCGGACGGACGCCGCUGCUCUGCGCGGCCGUCACCGGGCAAUGCAACGUCAUCGGUAAUACGAUCAUACCCUUAAGGUUCCUGGGGAGUCGCAUCAUCCAUCUCUUUUUAAUGACGUCAGAAGCGAGA